AAGUGCAAGAAUCUGUCUUCCAUUUCAAAACUGUUGACAUUUGAUUCUUGAAAGUUGAAAUCUUGUGAAUUGCUUUUGGUCCUUGCUAAAUGAAGCAUUUUCUGAUGCUUGUAUGCUCAACUUCAGAUGGUGGUGAUGCUGUUUUUAGCAGCAAAAAGCAUUUAAGCCAUAAGAGAAAGAGAACAAGAAGGUCACUCGAGCAUUUUGUGGAAAAAUUGGUAAUGAAGGUAAUGGAUAAGCAGGAGGAGAUGCAUAGGCAGUUAAUAGAUAUGAUAGAAAAGAAGGAGAACGAGAGAACAGUAAGAGAAGAAGCUUGGAAGCAGAGAGAGAUUGAAAGAAUUAAAAGGGAUGAGGAGUUAAGAGCCCAAGAAACCUCUCGCAGUUUAGCAAUUAUUUCCUUGAUCCAAAAUUUGCUGGGCCAUGAAAUUCAAAUCUCCCGACCAGCAGAAAACCAAUGUGCAGAAGAUGAUGGAGGUGAAAGCAGCAUCCAGAAGGAGCUAAAAUGUGAUCCAAGUGGAAGGAGAUGGCCUCAGGCCGAAGUACAAUCUUUGAUAUCACUUCGAACGUCACUGGAACAUAAAUUCCGUGCUACAGGCUCAAAAGGAUCGAUAUGGGAGGAGAUAUCAAUUGAGAUGCAGAAGAUGGGUUACAAGCGUUCAGCAAAGAAGUGCAAAGAAAAAUGGGAAAAUAUGAACAAAUAUUUCAAAAGGACCGUUGUAACUGGGAAGGCUAGUAUUGCAAAUGGUAAGACAUGUCCAUAUUUUCAAGAAUUAGAUAUUCUUUAUAGAAAUGGAGUGGUAAAUACUGGAGCUGUCUUUGAUAGUACAAAUACUGAAAAUAAUUCCAAUGCCGAAAGAAGUAUAGAUCCUUUUCAUGAAGAUGCUUUUGUAGAAGGUGAAAGAGAGCAUAUAAAACAGGAGGAGGCAUUGGACAUGGUACAAUUCUAAAAAAGAGAUUUUAAGUACACUAAAGAUCCCUUCGGUUGAUUUUUGCAGCCCAUAUUUAUGAUAAUGCAGAUUCUUCAUGUUUACUCUUAAUCUAUUCAUGGUUGAUUUCCCGGUGGGCUCGCUUUUUGGAAUAUGUUCCAGACAUUUGUGCCCCUAUAGUGACCAAAAGAAAUGUCAAGUUUUCAGUUCGAUGUCAGCAGGAAAUGAGGAGUAGAUUGAGGAGAUACUUGAAUCAAGUUUCUGAGCUGAUGAUGCUUGAAAUUCUUGUAAGUAAAUGGAUAGUAGUUGAAGACAUGUCAUCUUUCUUCCUAUGGAUUUUAAUUUAUCUGGUUAUUGAAUUAGUUAGUUUGUAAGAGGAAUACGUCGAUAUUCUGAAUUCUCCAACAAUUUCUUUAACUAAGGUUAGUUCUUGACAUCAAA